AUGAACGCGACGGUGGAUGCGGCGUGGGAAAACGCUACGGCGGCGCCUCAACCUUUUAUUGAGGAAUUCACGGUCGGAGAAACCAUUUUCUACUUGAGUUGUGGCAUCAUCGGAACAAUAUUCAACUCCUUGGUUUUGUACAUCGCGCUGAGGUACAUCAACACGGAGGACAAGCCACGGCAGGUAAAAAGUAUAGUCCUUGAUGGGAUAAAAUAGUUUUUUUUUUUCCGAAAACAUAAUAUAUGUUGAUCUGUAAGCUUGGAGACUUCAAUACUCUGUUUAUUGCUCAUUUAAAAAUGAAUGUCACAAAGAUCUCUUUCAUCGACUUUUUCGAGAUUUUUGUGAGGAAACAGGAAAAAUUGCUAGCGAUCAAAGAAUCGAAGGUCCCAGCUAAAUGUUCAAAUCACUCAGACAAUCUUUGCUCAAAACCACUUUCUCAUAGACGAUUUAUUUCUGGAAACGAUAAAAGGGUCUGAUGAGCUUUCAAAGAGAUUUGAUGGUCUUGCCUGAAUCUCAAAAAUAUUGGAAAUGGAAGCCUCAAAGUUUUUUUUGACAAGUCACGAGAAGUGAAUUGGGAAAAGUAACAGCCUUUUAUCACAGUAUCGGAAAGUAAAACUUCGUUUUCAAGGAGUUCAGACGCUUUUUCAUUCUCUUUUCUUUUGAAUGUGAGUUUCGAAAAUAAAGUUUAAAAUGAAUUAACAACUUGAAAAGCCAUGAUCACAACGACGUUGAAUUUCAUUUUUUAAAACAAUUUGUCAAGGAAAAAAUUGUUUAAAAUGUCAUGACAUCUGUGAAAUGGUGAAAAAUGAUUUUAUGAUUUUUUUUUCGAAGAGAGAAAUUGUGAAUUUCCAAGUUUAACACCUAAUUUUUGAAGAUAAUCGUCAUCAACAUGACGACGGCGGACCUUCUCAUGUGCGUGGUCUACAUGAUUUCCCGUCCUUGGUUUUCUCUUCUGCCCAACUACGUCUGCCAUCCUUACUAUCUGACCAUUUGGACCUGUCAGCUGUGCAGUUGUUUGAACCUCGUGUGGUGAGCUUUUCCAUCGGUCAGGUGUGAAAAUGAUAAUGAGUGGCAAUUAAUCAUUGGGCUUUCAGCCCAUUAACCUCUCAAUGUGAGGCAGAAGCUCCCGGAGACACGUGUGGGAAAAAUCUAAAAUAAACUUUUGAACAUUGGACUUCACAUUGGACUCCGGUGUUUGUGGGAAUGAGUUCGAGAAGCCUGCAGAAUUAUAAAGAGAUCUUUGAAAACGGGUAAAAAAUCAACUGUUCAUUUAGCUUCAAAAAAGUGUUCCGACAAAACUAUCUUACAGCAAAUCGCACAUGGAGCGUUUAAAAAAAUGUUUUUCCAACUUUUUCAAAAAGUUUAUAUUUUUCUAUCUUCAUUUCGCAGCUGAUUUCCUUUUUUUGAGAAAAAAAUACUUUCUUAAUUCCCAAUAACUUGAAGUUAGAGAACUCAGAGAAGCAGUUUUACUUUAUGAUAGUCAAAAACUAGAAUGGAUCAGCUUUUUGCACAAAUGAUUUUUCAGUCGAUAACGAAAGCCUCUUUUUUCGACUAUCAUUGAACUUCCGGCCGCAACAUUGGAGAGCAUUUUUUCAUAAUUUUUGGUUUCUAAAUCUAUAAAAUGGUCGGAAACCAGACGGCUUUGAGUCUGAAAUAAACUUUUUUAGUCAUAAAUCCAUGAAAUAAACGCUUUUGUCAAAUUGAAUCUAUUCAAAACGAGAGUAUCUCUUUUUGCAUUAUGUGGAAAGCUAUACAUAUUCAUGAUCAUCGAACAUCAUCCUGCAAAAAAUCUCCUCUUUUUCUUCCCCAUUGAGCCUUCAGUCUCAGUGCGUUCGGGCUGAUUUCAGCAGAGCACAGCACAAGAGCCAAAAAAAAGUCGUAUUUUUUCAUCUAUUUUCAAGAGUCAUGAGACGAAACCAUUGAAAUAGCUUUUCAGAGAUGACGCAAACACAAGAAAUUGCUCGCUGUUCAAAAGAGGAUAUGUAUGCCCACACGUUUCUGAUCCACAAAAACACCGAAAAUGCCUGUUUUUGGCUUGGGGAGAAAAUUUUCAGGGUGUCAAAUAGCAAGGGAUCACGUGAGGUGGAAUUAAAUUUGGAACUUUAAGUUGAAAAGUUCACGCGUGUGUCGUCAGAAGCUUCAAAGUAAAGCUGGGGAUAGAGUUAAGAAAGAAAAAUCUUUCUUUGAUGUAGUCCUCAAUCUAAAAAUUGGUCGAGAAGAAAAAAAUACUUUCAAAACUUGGAAGUCCCAAAAAAAAAUGUUGUGAAUUUUCUCAAAACGAUUGAAAAGAAACAUUACAGUUUAGUUUACUGUUUCAAGUGAAAAUUCAAAAGCUAAUGAUAUUUCGAUCUCAUCUUCCUUUUUCCAACCUUUGGAUUGGGAAAAAUGGAAGAAACUUUUUAUUCGGUCCUUCUGCUAGAGUGUCUCCUUUUUUCCGCAACUGUCAAGCUUAAAUGGAUUUUUCCCAACUACAAUAAAGCCUUUUAUUGAAUCUUGAAAAGAAUCUUCUCUACACUAAUCUCCAAAUUGUUUCUUUCCGAGUCCAAGAAUUAAUCUCAUCCUAACGAAAUUCCUCAAAGGACUCGAGUCCAAAUAUAACAAACAGGAAAUAUCAAAGAAAAUGACAAAAAGAUGUCAAGGAAGCUCAAAAGUAAUCCCGGAGCAUUGGUUUUGUGAAGGGUGUAGGCGUCCGAUUCCUUCUCGCAAAGUCCAAAAACGUCUUCUGACAGGGCUUCACUGACAUUAUUGCAGGCUCAACGUUGACAAGCUCAUCUACAUCCAGUUCCCGCUUCACUACUACUCGAUAGUCAGCAGAAAGAGGCUUCUUCUCGUUUCUGUGGGGACCUGGGCCGGACUUUUGGUCAUCACAACGGUUCUUGUCAGCUUUGUGACGGCCAAUGUAAGUAUCGAAAAACUAAAUUUUGGCGGAAAUGGGAAGAACAUAAUAAGAAUUUGGUUACACAGGUAAAACAGUUCUCUUCAUAAUGCCACAGCGCAAAUCGUAUCUGGUCGGGGAUCAAAAAACAAAGAUGUUCUCGCAGUAUUCAAACUCUAUAUCUCUUAAUAUAUUUUACAAAUCAUGAGAAAAUGUAGCAAAUUACCAUUUUUCUAGAGCUUCAAAAACCGAGAAAAAUAUAAGUUAUUUAGUUGGCACAAAAAAUGUCGAAAGCAAAAAGGAGAAAAAUAUUGAAACUUCUAUAAAAUUACCCACGUUUUCUGUUUUCAGCAAGGAUGCAUCCGAAUCAGCUUGAACCCCUACAUCUACACCAUCAUUCCGAUUUUCUACGUUGUCAUGAUCGUCACAUCAUUCUCGCUGUCGGCUCUGAUCUACUUCAUCGCUCAUAACUUGACCCAUAUGGAAGUUCGCCAGCGAUCGGUAGAAAAUCUUUUAGAGAAUAUAAGUCAGUUCUCUGUUUCAGAAACUCUUCCGACGACUUUUCUUCUUGUUCUCGAGCACUCUCUGGACGUUUUUCACCUGCCUACCGUAUCGCGUUCUGUACCUAUUCAGCAUGUUUUGUAAGUUUUUAUUCAAUUGAUGGUACCAAGAAAGCGAUAAGAAUCUUCUUAGAAUGAAAAAAAUGGUUGCAGGUGGUGCGAUGUGCGCAACGAGUAUGUACAGAGUAUCAACGGACAUGUUCUUCCGGAUUUUGGUCGUCGGCAUGGUUAUUAAUCCGCUCAUAACCAUCUGGACCCAGCGGGUAAGCUUUUCCCGGAGUAUGAUUGAAAUUAUUGGAAAGUUUGAGGGUGAAAAACAGCCUCUGGUAGAAAAUGUCACUUAAUUUCUCAACCUCUUCAGAAAUGAAUCUUUUUGAAUCAAAAUACCGCAAAUUUUUAUUCAAAGCUCUCUUCAUUACUGUCAAAUCUUCCCGGAAAAUAGUUGAAAAAUGGAUGAUUGGGAUGUUUGAAGGAGAACAAAGCUUUUAAUGAAGAAUCUCGCAUUACUGCUUAAAAAAAAUUGGGUUUCUGAACUAGAAAACCGCAAAUUUUUAUUUUAAAAUUCAUUUGAUCACUAUCCAAUCUUCCCGGAUACUAAUUAAAAUAGUUUAAGAAAUGCUUUCGAAAGAAUUUUUUGAAGUUUUUGAGGUCGUUGAGAACGUGAUUUACAGAUUUUCUGAGUUAGGCCGAGUGGAAAACUUUUCCGUAAAAGCCCAGGGAUGAAAUAAGCUCGAAAUCUUUACAGAACCAGUUUAUGUACUGUAAAACCCAAUAUCAAGGAGUUUUUGACAAAAGACUACAGAAAUAAUUCUCAUAAUAUCUCUAUUCUUAACUAUAUAUCGCUGAGAAGCCGCCGUCGAGGCAUUGACUAAAAUAAACUCUUAUAUCAAAUGUUUCAGUUAUUUUCGAGCCCACAGCCUGAUAUUUCGAUUCAAUUCUGAAAAAAAAACAGUUUUUCAUUCUGAAACUGAUUAUAACGUGUCCAAAAACUUUCAGAUCUAUCGUCUUCGGCUGCUCCGAGCCUUCAACAGUUGGAAGGAAAACAGCAGCUCCGAAGUUCUGAUGGUCAGCUCGAACCGCCGUCCUUCUGAAAGGCCCCCAGACAACCAACUUCUCCCUCCACAAGCCUAA